AUGUCUCCAUUCUCACAUCACCAACAUUCUUCUAAACGAUUCUUCAUUUUCCUACUUAUCCUCGCUUUCAAAGGGGUUGAAGUUAAAGGGACAACAUUCACAUUCGUGAACAAGUGCGACCAAACAGUGUGGCCAGGGAUUCUAGGAAAACCCGACCUCGGAACCACAGGGUUUGAACUCAAAAGAGGAACCACACGCGCCUUCCAAGCACCAACGGGUUGGUCGGGGCGGUUCUGGGCCAGAACCGCCUGCAAAUUCGAUAACUCCGGCCACGGAACCUGCGCCACCGGCGACUGCGGAUCAGGUGAAAUCAAUUGCAACGGCAACGGGGCAGCGCCGCCGGCUACCCUCGCCGAGUUCACGCUCGGGUCUGGUUCACAAGACUACUACGAUGUGAGCCUCGUUGAUGGCUAUAACCUUCCAAUGGUGGUGGAAGCUACUGGCGGUUCCGGUUCUUGCGCCACCACCGGUUGUAGCGCGGAUCUUAAUAGGCGCUGCCCGUCGGAAUUGAGUGUCGAAGGUGGCGACGCGUGUCAGAGUGCAUGUCGCGCGUUUGAGAAACCUGAGUAUUGUUGCAGUGGUGCAUUUGAUUCACCUUCAACAUGCAAACCUUCUAUGUACUCUCAGAUUUUCAAGUCUGCGUGUCCAAAAUCUUAUAGCUAUGCAUUUGAUGAUGCUUCUAGCACUUUUACGUGUACUGGUUCGGAUUAUACAGUCACAUUUUGUCCUUCUUCUCCAAGUUUGAAGUCUUUAAUGGAUUCUGGGCCAGGACAAUCGGUUGAGCAGGCUGCAGUUGCUACUACUUCGUGGAUAGCCAAUUUGGCUACAGGUGCCUCCACCAGAAGCCAACCCUUUGCAGCUUCCAAGUCUGCAUUUUUUGUGGCUGUCACUUUCAUUCUUUCCUAUUUAGUCUAUUAG